UUCCCAGUCGCAGCCACAGACACGGUUCACGCCUCCUGCCUGUCCACCCUCCUCCCCCCCAACCUCGCGCGAUCCGGUUGUGGAUGCAGCAGCGCGGCCGCUCCUUCAACCGCCGCUCCCGGAGCUUCUCCCGCGCCCGCCUCGCCAUCGAGGGAUCUUAAUCUCGCAGCCCCCCUCCCCCUGACCGGUCCCAUCGGUUCUGAAUUUCCGGCCGACCAACGAACACGAACGAACGCACGCGCGCACGCAUCGACCUGCCGUAAUGGACGCCGCCGCCGCCAACGCCGCCGCUGUUGUUCCUGCUAACGGGAAGAUGGAGGUGGAGGAGAGGCAUGCGCAGAAGAGCUACUGGGAGGAGCACUCCAAGGACCUCACCGUCGAGGCCAUGAUGCUCGACUCCCGCGCCGCCGAUCUCGACAAGGAGGAGCGCCCCGAGGUCCUGUCUUUACUUCCUCCAUAUGAAGGAAAAUCAGUGCUGGAGCUUGGUGCUGGAAUAGGUCGUUUUACCGGAGAACUUGCUAAAACAGCUGGGAAUGUUCUUGCUCUGGAUUUCAUCGAAAGUGCGAUUAAGAAGAAUCAAAGCAUUAAUGGUCACUACAAGAACACAUCCUUUAUGUGUGCUGAUGUGACAUCCCAGGACCUGGUGAUUCAAGCUAACUCCAUCGAUCUGAUAUUUUCAAAUUGGCUAUUGAUGUAUCUUUCUGAUGAAGAGGUUGAGCAGCUAGUUCAAAGAAUGGUAAAAUGGUUGAAGGUUGGUGGCUAUAUCUUCUUUAGGGAAUCUUGCUUUCAUCAAUCUGGAGAUUCGAAAAGGAAAGUGAAUCCGACACACUAUCGGGAACCAAGGUUUUAUACUAAGGUUUUCAAAGAGUGCCACGCCUUUGAUCAAGAUGGGAAUUCCUUUGAACUUUCUCUGGUUACUUACAAGUGUAUCGGUGCUUAUGUUAAAAAUAAGAAAAAUCAAAAUCAGAUAUGCUGGCUGUGGCAAAAAGUCAAGUCUAUGGAAGAUCGGGGAUUUCAAAGAUUUUUGGACAAUGUGCAGUACAAAACUAGUGGAAUAUUGCGCUAUGAGCGCAUUUUUGGAGAAGGUUAUGUGAGCACUGGUGGAAUUGAGACUACAAAAGAGUUCGUGGAUAAGUUGGAUCUUAAACCUGGACAUAAGGUGCUUGAUGUUGGAUGUGGAAUUGGUGGAGGUGACUUUUAUAUGGCUGAAAACUAUGAUGCUCAUGUUGUUGGAAUUGAUCUUUCUAUAAACAUGAUAUCAUUUGCACUUGAGCGUGCCAUUGGGCGUAGUUGCUCAGUGGAGUUUGAAGUUGCUGAUUGCACCACGAAGACGUACCCUGACAACACAUUUGAUGUCAUCUACAGCCGUGACACUAUCCUUCACAUACAGGAUAAACCCUCUUUGUUUAAAAGUUUUUUCAAGUGGCUGAAGCCUGGAGGGAAGGUCCUUAUCAGCGAUUACUGUAGGAGCCCCGGGAAACCAUCAGAAGAAUUUGCAGCAUACAUUAAGCAGAGAGGUUAUGACCUUCAUGAUGUGGAGGCUUACGGACAGAUGCUCAAGAAUGCUGGUUUUCAUGAUGUCAUUGCUGAGGAUCGAACUGAUCAGUUCCUCAAUGUUUUGGAGAAGGAAGUAGCUAAAUUUGAAAAGAACAAGGACGAUUUCUUGUCCGACUUCUCCCAGGAGGACUAUGGCGAUAUUGUGAACGGAUGGAAGGCAAAACUGCAGAGGAGCUCUGCGGGUGAGCAGAGGUGGGGGCUGUUCAUCGCGACCAAGUAAUGAUCCAGAUGUUUGUGGAUGUGCAAAUAAAGUGGCUGCAUUGGCAUGCGGCUUCAGUUGUAUUUGAUGUUGCAUUAGCUAUUCUGAACUCAAUGAGGCUGGCUUGCUAGUUUGGUUCCUACUGUCAUGUUUCUUCUGCGUGGGGAAAGCUGGUCCUGUGUUACAAUCCUGCGAUUGCACUGUCGAGUGCUGUAUCAGGGCAACCUAUCUGUAAAGGCUAAAUAAGCUGUCUGCAUGUUUCUAGUUUUAAUCAAUGUGCUAUUUUAUCUCUAA